GAGCGCGGCAGCGGCGUCUGCGGCGGGAGGGGAAGGGGGGAUGGGGUAAAAUGGCGGCGGCGCUGAGGGCGUGGGUUGGUGGGGUGGGUGUGUUGCUACUGCGGUUGUUGCAGUUGCAGCAUUAGAGGGUCUUUGCAGGUUCUCCUUGUGCUAUCUUGUAGAGGCUGCUUUACAAGCCUUGUUGCUAGAGCUCUUGCUUCCUUUCUUUUAGUCCUUUUCCUAAGAGCAGCUAGGGGAUGUGCUCUGUAGGGCCUUUUGGAAGGUGCUUAGUGUUGUGUGGGCUUGCAGGGAGCUGUAGGGUUCAUGAGUGGUUAUGCAGAACUAAUGGAUGCAUCCUGUGCUAAGGUGGUUAUUAAAAGCGUACCUACCUCUGUGUUGUUUCAGUGUCUUUAGUUUGGCUUUGCAUCCUGGAUAAUCUACUAAAUAAAGGAACUGAUAAGUACAAGCCCAAAGAUACAGCCUUCAUAAUGUCUUUGAGGCAAGAUUUAGGGCAACGUGACUGCUUGCAUAAGGCUGACCCUUGGGGAGUGAUCUGUAUAUUGUGAAGUUCCAAGUAGGCCAAGUGAUGCCUUUAAAAGUCUCGGUGAAGGGUGAAGUAAAAUACCCUCAUACAUGAAUUUUAUGUUCUCUUUGCUGCUUUUGUAUUUCUUUGUGGUUUCUCUGCUGAAUGUGGUUUGGGUGUUUUUUGGUUUUUGUUUUUGUUUUUUUUUUUUGGAGCACCAUAACGCAGUGCUCACUAUGGUGUGAUGAAUGGUGAUGUGAAAGUAAUAAUUAUGUAUAGGAUAUUGCUGUGUUAAUGCUGCCAAAGAAUAGGCUCCAUACCACAUGGAUGUUGUCCUUCAGGUGCUUGAUAUUUGGCUCACAGUAGUGAAAUAGUUUGCUAGGGAAAGGCAAAUCCAUCCUGCCGAGCUCAAGGGGAAUGGCAACCUUAAUUGUGUGAGAAAGGAGCUCAUAACUUAAAGUUAUUACUUUAAACCACGUUAAUGUAUUUAGAAGCAUAGCUGAGUGUGAACUCCACGGUCUAAAACAGUGGUUUUCCUUCUUUAGCUUCUCAGAAAAAUAACUACUUCAUCACUGUUAUCUGUGGGAGUCUGAGCUGGUCUGAGGCCAGCAAAGGUCACCUUCAGAGUUCCUGGAAUAAAAAACAGCAACAAAACAACAGAAUCUUGAACUGGCAAUGUGUAAAUGAUGAGAGGAACAGGAAAUCUUCGGUGAGUCUGUUCUGGAAGCUAGAUAAUGUGUAAAUGUGGAGUUCUAGAACAGAUUGGAAUUUCUCAUGUAAGAGACUUAAAGCGUGGUAAUAGAUGUGCAGCUCUUAGAAAGUACCUGUAAAAAUGUACCUCAGGUUCUGCUGGGGAGAUGAUACUCAGCAUGCCUUCAGAUCUGCAGAAAGGGAUAAGCCUGACUGGGAGGAAUAAAGAGCAGGGUACAGAGAUUGCAGAGAAAAAAAAUCUAGCAGUUGUGAGGAAACGAAGAAUGCGGCAAUGAGUGAAACUAAAUGGUGGCAAACGAAAGGUAAUUGCCCCAAAAGAAUGCAAAACAGACAAUAAUGCAGAACCAUAAGCUUUACUUUAAUAGUGAAAUAGGAGAAAAGGCCUUGGUGAUAGGAAACUGAGCCUUGCCACAGCGAGAGAUGAUACAGUAUGAAGUGGUCCAGCCCAGGCAAGGAAGACCCCACCUCUUCUCACUGCCAGAUGUUGCAGGAUGUAUUUUGCAUGGAGCAUUUGCCUCUCUGCUAACCCAGGGUGAGGGCUGCCACCUAAUUAAAUAAUCUUCUGUCCUGACCCUUCAAAGGCUGUAAGCAGCUUUUCCCAGCAAAGCAGUUUGCAGUGCCAUCAUGUGUGUGAAAUGAAAUAAGUUGUUAGAGCUUUCAAGGAAGAUGUAAUGCAGCACAAUCAGACAUAUCCAUGCAAAUGAACAUUCAAGGCCCUCUCAGCUCAGGACGUGAGACUACACUAAGGUGUCAACUCUCUGCUGCCCUCUGUGCCUUUCCAUGCUGGGCUCCUGCUGCAAAGAGGACCACCUACCUGCAUGUUGACCUGGAUGGGCUGUCUCUCCCCACUCUUGGUGUGGGGCACCCCUUCUGUGUCGUAGAUCCCUGUGUAAGAGGCCACUUGUGCAUCCCUCGAUUUCUCUUCCAGUGGGACAUUGACACCCCCGAUGCCCAUCGUCCUGCAAAGAGAUGGGAUGCAUCCUUUCAGCAGCCCUGCAGGCCCCCUUCCUAGCAGCAUGGAGCCAGCAGCUAAGAAUAGGCUUCAUAUUUCGGUCAGCCAGCAGCCAACAAAAAUCAGAGCAGAGCAUGAUCCCUUCAUCUCACAACUGUGCGUAUAAUAAGCUCGGAGUGCUGGUCUUCAGCUUUGCUAUGGAUGUACCUAGCCAUGGGCUCCAUUGAUCCUGAUCUUAGUCUGACCACCUGGCUUGAUCUCAGUGCUCCUAUGAAGGUGCUAUGGGCUGCAUCUUGCUCUGCAUCCUCACUGAGAAAGGGUAGCAUGUUUAAUACCUGGAAGCCAAUGUGGGUCGUGCUCUUAGAAGAUGGAAUUGAAUUCUACAAGCGGAAGUCUGACAACAGCCCCAAAGGGAUGAUCCCACUAAAAGGAAGCACCAUCAACAGCCCAUGCCAAGAUUUUGGCAAAAGAAUGUUCGUCUUCAAGCUCACUGCAGCCAAGCAACAGGACCACUUUUUUCAAGCCUCCUACCUGGAAGAGAGAGAUGCUUGGGUACGGGAUAUCAAAAAGGCAAUUCAGUGCAUAGAUGGAGGUCAGAGAUUUGCCAGGAAAUCCACAAGAAAAUCCAUCAGACUGCCUGAAACAAUCAACUUGAGUGCUUUGUACCUCUCAAUGAAAGAUCCUGAAAAGGGAAUAAAGGAAUUGAAGCUGGAAAAAGAUAAAAAAGUGUUCAAUCACUGCUUUACGGGCACUGCUGUGAUUGACUGGCUGGUGUCUAGCAACUCCAUCCGAAAUCGCAAAGAAGGCCUCAUGCUUGCCUCCUCUCUCUUGAAUGAAGGCUACCUACAGCCUGCAGGAGAUACAUCUAAGGCUGCAGCUGAGGGACUGUCAGAUACUCCUUUCCUGGAUCUCAGCGAUGCCUAUUACUACUUUCCUGACAGUGGAUUUUUCUGUGAGGGGAAUUCUAGUGAUGAUGAUGUGGUCCUGAAAGAAGAAUUCAGAGGCAUGAUAGUCAAACAAGGAUGCUUACUAAAACAGGGGCAUCGGAGGAAAAACUGGAAAGUGAGAAAGUUUGUUUUAAGAGAGGACCCUGCAUAUCUUCACUACUACGAUCCUGCUGGAGGCGAAGAUCCGCUAGGAGCAAUCCACUUGAGGGGCUGUGUGGUGACUGCGGUGGAAGAUAUGCCAGACUCCAAGAAGUAUGACGUUGAAAACAACCUGUUUGAAAUAAUCACAGCAAGUGAAGUCCACUAUUACUUGCAAGCAGCUUCAUCCGCAGAGCGUACCGAGUGGAUCAAAGCAAUUCAGUCAGUUGCUAGGACUGGGAAAUGAAGAUGAUCUACCAGCAAGAAGGACACCUGAAAUGGAUUGCUCAAAGCAAAAUGGGAAUUUUAGUUUUUCACUGUGAUAAAGUAGUGUCAACUAGAAAAGCCUCCUAAGGCUUGUGGGUUGGGGGGGGGGGGGAGGGGGGAAUAAGUUUCAGUUCUGUAGUGGGCACUACCACAACAGAAGUGGAAAGUAUCUUACUAAAUUAUAGCAUAGAAUAUGUUACAUUUGUGUGUGCUUCUUGCAGUAUUCAGCGUACCUUGGGAAGGUUAUGUCUUAUGCCUUUCCCUGCUGCCACUGCUGGUAGCAAGAAUUUCACCAUUAACAGGGGACAGGAUCAUGUUGCUGUCUGUACAUAAGGAAUAGCCACUUAUGAUUCAGCCUCUACUGUGUUUGAGUGUCUUCUAAUAACUCAAGGGAUUCCCAAGACAAACUUCACACUUUCUUCUUUACUAGCCCAUCUUUCUACUGCCAUGUUCAGCUAUCCAAGUAAUGCAGUAGAGCUAAGGAAAGAAUCCUUAUUUGGAAAUGUGAUCCAUACCUUUAUAAUCCUUCAGUGUUAAGGAAAGGAAGAGUACAGACAACUGUGGUAGCACUAUGCAGAAAGCACUUACUCAUACUGCUGUCAUUGAUUCGUAUCCACGCGGAAAAUUCUUUGCCCAUGAUUCUUCAAACCUGAAGCAGUCUUGGUUUUUUUUUUAUACCUACUUCAUUUUGACCUUCACUAAAUUUUUCCAAAAGAAUCUGCUCCAGGACUGUUGUUUUGCUUCAUUUAGAUCUCCAGUGCAGCUGCUGGAGUGUCACAUACUGCUGAUUUGACCUGGAUUUGAUGUAAGGCUCUUUCAGGAAGAGGAGAAGGAUCCAUAUAUUACUUGAAUUCCCAACUGAGGUGUUGUUGCUUAGGGUCUUUCUUAAGCUUCAGAAAUAUAUGCUUGGCUCUGUGCUUUAGUCAUAUUAGAGAAAGAAACUUAGUUCUGCAAUAAAUGUCAUUUGAUGGUGUCAGGUUACCUGAUCAGUCUUUGUUUUUUGUCAUACCGUAUGCCUCAAACUUCCAAGUCUUCAAACUUUAAGCAAGAACUGGAAUUAAAUGUGAGAUUCUGCACGUAGUCUGUUCCUGUUACAUACAGAUGUUUGAUUGCAAGUAGACUUAAAAAUAAAUAAAUAAAUCAGGUUCCUUAUCCUUAA